AUGAGGGCCAUUGCCUCGGUCUCUCUCCUGGCUCUCGUCGGCGUGGCCCAAGGGUCAAGUGUGUGGUGGAACACCGACGAGAGCUUUACCAGCCCUGACAACACCAAGACGACCUGUUCUGAGCAGCAGCAGGCUGGGUUUGACUGGUCCGACCUGGCUGUCGGAUCCUCCCCGAGCUAUGCAGGCUUUGAGUUCUCGGGCUUCUCCGUGCGCAAUAAUUUCAGCACGGCUUCUGGCGCCAAAUCCAUCGUGGGAACACUCACCAAGGAUACCUCGUCGGCUCCAGAGAUAUCAUCUGCAUCAAAGGACCAAGACUUCUCCGUCAAUGAGUUCCAGCUUGCCACCUCCCGCACUGCUGACAUCCGCAUCGUUUAUGGCAUGGCUGAUGGUACCACCUGCAAUACCUUUGCUUCUGUCUCCGCCAACGGGUCCACUGUCGCCAAUGACCAGUGCGGCGGUGCCACCUCCGUGAGCUUUCUACUGGCUGAAGAGGCGAAUGUCGAUCUUUGCUUGUUGAGUGUGUACAGGAUUGGAUUCGACUGCUCUUCUGGUAAGGCGUCGACAGCAUCCAAUCCUUCCGACACUGCGUCUGGGCUCAAUGCGAGGGCGUACUCCGUGCCGCUCAUUCGAAAGGAUCGGACCACUCCUGCAGCUGUCGUGACUCCUGCCCCAGAGGCGCCGACUAAUAACCUGGCGACUUCGACCUACUAUAUCACCAGUGAAAUCGUGAUCACCAGCUGUGGCCCUUCGGUGACCAAUUGUCCAGCAGAUUCCACCACGGUGAUCACGUCGACGAUCCCCGUGUCUACUGCCGUUCAUUCUGCCACAGAGACCUCUGCAGAUGAGUCUUCGACGGAGGUGCCAGAUGUUACCUCUACCAGCAGCGUGGAGUCUAGCGUCGCUGUCCCUACUGCUACUUCUUCCAUCGUAACUAUCCCCGUUGAUACAUCUUCUGGCACGACUACACCGACCGUCACGCCUUCUAGCAGCGCGGUCCACAGCUUAACGCACUCCAGCGAAGUCGUCCCAACUGUCACACCAUCCAGCAGCACGUCUAGCUUUACGCACUCGAGUAGCGCGCUUUCCAAUACCCUUUCAUCUGGAAGCUCUCCUGUGGAGUUGACCUCUUCUCAGUUGAUCCACACGCCUACGUCCGCACCUGUAAUCACGCCAGGGCCUAGCUCCUCUGCUCCGGCUGCGGACAAAGUCACGGUGAUUACCUGGGCCACGGUGACAAGCUGCCCGGUGACUUCGACGGGUACCGUCAGUGGAACUCUGACCACCUCUGUGGGCACUACUCUUUCUACGGUGACUAUGACUUCAACAUCGACUAUCUGCACCAAAUGCGUUGCCCCAACCAGCGUUCCAUCGGGAGUGGCACCCAUCUCCUCGGGCCCUAUCUCGUCCGGUCCUGUCCCUUCUGCUCCCGUUACUACACCAGGGCCCAGUGUACCUGCAUCAAGCGUGGACAAAACUACAGUGAUCACCUGGGUGACUGUCACAAGCUGCCCGGUCACCUCCACAGGGACUGUCAGCGGCAAGUUGACUACUUCAGUGGGCACGACGCUUUCUACCGUGACCAUGACCUCAACGUCGACCAUUUGCACCAAAUGUAUUGCGCCAACAACUGUUCCGUCGGGCGUGGCGCCCAUCUCCUCGGGUCCUGUCUCGUCUGGUCCUAUACCAUCCGCUCCCGUCACCACACCAAGUGUGCCCGUCUCGAGCGUGGAUAAGACCACGGUGAUCACUUGGGUAACCGUGACCAGCUGCCCGGUCACCUCCACAGGGACUGUAAGCGGCAAACUGACUACGUCAGUGGGCACGACACUAUCUACAGUGACGAUGACCUCAACGUCUACCAUCUGCACCAAAUGCAUCGCCCCUUCUACCACUGUUCCUUCAGGCGUUGCUCCAAUCUCUUCGGGUCCAGUUUCAUCCGCUCCUGCCAAUACUCCUGGCCCAAGCGCGCCCAUCUUGAGUGUAGACAAGACGACCGUUGUCACUUAUGUCACACUGACCACAUGCCCUGUGACAGCAACGGUUUCUGAAGGCGGCUCUGUGAGUACUUCGGUGGGAACGACGGUGUCGACUGUAACGUUGACGUCCACUUCAACUAUUUGUACGAGGUGCAUUGCUCCGACGUCGGUUCCGUCGUCGAUUCCUGCUGUGACUCCGACUUCGCUCUCUACGUCGCUCACAUUGCCUCUUCCGUCUUCUGUGGCGCCUGUUUCAUCUGGUCCUGUUUCUACUGUCACUGGUGUUGUCACUGGGUCUGUCACUGGUUCAGUUACUGGGUCUGCUAUUGGGUCUGCUACUGGCUCGGUCACCAGUUCUACUACCUCUGGUACUGUUACUUCGGCUUCCAUCCCAUCAGGUCCUGUCUCAUCGGGACCCGUUCCAACAGGACCCGCGCCAUCGACUUCUGCCCCAAUCACCCGUGUGGAUAAGACUACUGUUGUCACAUAUACCACAGUGACUACUUGUCCUGUGACAUCGACAGUCUCCGACGGUGGUUCUGUGUCGACGUCGGUUGGAACUACAGUUUCAACCGUCACACUUACUUCAACCUCAACUAUCUGUACCAGGUGCAUUGCGACAACAAUUCCCUCUGGUGUGGCACCUAUCUCCUCCGGUCCGAUCUCAUCGGGCCCAGCUCCGUCAGGCCCCGUCCCAGUCACUAGCGUGGACAAAACUACUGUGGUUACAUAUGUCACUGUCACGACUUGCCCUGUGACCUCGACGGUCUCGGAAGGGGGUUCUGUAAGUACAUCAGUAGGAACUACUGUCUCAACUGUCACACUUACCUCAGUGUCAACCAUCUGCACCAAAUGCAUUGCUACAACAGUCCCAUCCGCUGUGGCUCCCGUCACAUCUGGGCCCGUUGCAUUAACUACUUCAAGUGUGGACAAGACCACAGUCGUCACUAUCACCUCGGUGUCCACCAGCCCUGUGACCACUACGGUCUCGGCCGGCGGAACUGUCUCUACUUCGGUGGGCUCCAGUGAAUCAACAAUCACUAUCACAUCGGUGUCGACCAUCUGCACCAAGUGCAUUGCGCCUACAACAGUUCCCUCUGCUGUGGCUCCUGUUACAUCGGGUGCCAUUUCGUCAACCCUUUCAAGUGUGGACAGGACCACGAUUGUCACAAUAACUUCUGUUGCUACCAGCCCCGUGACAACCACUAUCUCUGCAGGUGGCACUGUAUCUACUUCGGUGGGGUCCACUGAGUCGACUGUAUUUGUCACCUCGACUUCGACCAUCUGCACGAGAUGCAUUGCUCCCACGCCAGUUCCAUCAGGUACUUCACCUAUUUCAUCUGAGUUGCAGAGCACAACCACUGUAGUCACCUGGGAGACUUUGACAACUUGCCCGGUCACCACGGUCAUCACCUCGGGUGGUGUUCCUUUUACCUCGGUUACAAGUACUAUCUCGACGGUGACUCUGACCUCGGUUUCCACCAUCGCAACAUCUGUUGCUGUCAGUGUUCCCUCAGCCCCAGCUUCUGUCGUAACCGGCUCCCCUUCCGUGCCAACAGCCAGUGCUUCCACUGUGACCGUAAUUACUUCAACUGGUGCUCCUUCUGGGCCCACAGGUGUCUUGCCCGUCACUUCUCAAUCUCAGAUUACAACUGGGCCUCCUCCCACCGUGACGUCUCCCAUCUCUUCUGGUGGUCCAUCGGGCCCUACAGGUGUCUCCCCUGUUUCCUCUGAGCUUGAGAGCACGACGACAGUCGUCACUUGGCAAACAUUGACCACCUGCCCAGUGACUACAGUCAUUACUUCAAGUGGUAUUCCAGUCACUUCGGUCACUAGCACAGUCUCAACCGUGGUUUUGACCUCUGUCUCCACGAUCUGCCCCAAAUGCUCGGCCACUCCAACCGCUGUGGCUCCUGUCACGUCUGUUGAGAAGGCAACCACUGUGGUGACAUGGCAGACUGUAACAACAUGUCCCGUCACGACGGUGAUCACCUCUGCUGGACAGCCGAUUACCUCAGUCUCCAGCACUGUGUCCACAAUCACAAUGGUCGCGACAUCAACCAUCGCAAGGACGGUCGUGGUUCCCACCGGAGUUGCCCCCGUUACCGGGGUUUCCUCAUCGGCUCCAUCUGCCUCGUGUCCCAGCGUGGUUCCCAAGUGUAUCAACACCUGGCUCGAACUGGUCCCCAAGUGCACCUCGAACAGCGACACGAGCUGCUACUGCCCCUCGGCAAAAUUCACCAAGAAGGUGAUUGAAUGCAUCCAAGCGUGGGGCUCCUCCUCGACAGAAGUUCAAGCCGGCCUCUCAUGCUUCACUGGACUCUGUGCAGCCUGGGUGCCCCAGAACCCCGGCAUUGUCACAAAUAUCCCGUCCAGCAUUACGCUAGGCCCGACCCCCGCCCCAAGCGGUGUCGCACCCGUCAGCGGUCAAGUCACCCACACUGGAACGAGCGUCAGGCUGACCAGCGGACAUGCUGCUGCUCCCUCAGUUCCCUGCACCACAAUCACCUACUCCACCUGGACAGUGACCGUCCCGCAAGUCGUAUUCACAACUGCCACAGCCAGCUCAAAGACAACGAUCGGUCUGAUCCCCGGGGGCGGUUCCCCAACAUCGACUCGGUUGCCGAACCCCUGGUUCCCAUCUUCUUCAGCCUGGAUCUCCCGCUCAGGCACCCCCACCCCGACCCCGACCCCGUCACCGAGUUACACACCCUUGUGGUCGAAUACCGGUGCAACGCUGGGUGUAUCCUGGACGUGGUGGGUGGCUGUUGUUCUGGCUACGAUCAUCGGCUUGGCCUAG